GCUGCGGGCCUCGUCCGUGUCUCCAAAUGUUUCAACACCCUCGACCCGGGCGCUGGCGACGGGCCAGGCACGCUAGAGUUACAGCCAGCUGGCGUGCCCCAGGCGAUUGGAUCCAACCUCAGCUGGGCGUGGGCGGCAUGAAAGCCUGCCUGCUGCCUGUCUCAUCGCUCUGUGGCGCGCCUGCGAUGCUGGACGCAUGAUUCGCCUCUCUCGGCUGCUCGCGUAGCACCCGUAAGGUUCCAAGGUUGGGUUGCGAAAAGGGGCCAGCGCACCUGAGACAAUAGCAACCGGCGGCUAUGCAUUGCCUCUUGUUCGUUCGAGGCCAGCCUGUUUUGCCCAUCUCACCAGCUGUUUCCCCCAUUACUCUGGUGCCCCACCUAAGUACUUCAGUAAUUGAUCAAGUCUCUCCAUUCCUCUUCACUGUGUACAUGUAAUACACAAUACACCAUUGAUAGUAGCACCCGGCUUACACCUUGGCCCAGCGGGCCGCGGAACCCAUGUUAUCCGAGGGUUUUGCCCCGGCGCCUGAGCGCAACCCUCACCUCUACGGACCGAGGGCGAGACAGAACAGGGCAAAAUGCUCACAGCUGGCCGCUGAUUUCUUCAGGGACAGUGUCAAGAGGGCUCGCGAGCGGAAUCUAAGGCAGAAUGAGUUGGAGCAACGCUUGAGAGACCCGAGAUGCAAUCACGAGACCUCGUGGAUCAAUGCAGGGAGGCAGGAGGCCAGGUACCUGCGGUUUCUCAGGACCCGCAAUAAGGCUGACGACUAUGAGACCAUCAAGCUCAUUGGGAAGGGCGCCUUUGGUGAGGUCAAGCUGGUCCGCAAGAAGACGGACGGCAAGAUCUAUGCCCUCAAGUCCUUGGUCAAAACCCAGAUGGUUGCUGGAGACCAGGUCGCCCGGGUGCGUGCCGAGAGGGACAUACUCGCAGAGUCUGACAGUCCAUGGGUCGUCAAGCUGUACACGACAUUUCAGGACACCAGGUUUCUGUACAUGUUGAUGGAAUUCCUCCAGGGAGGGGACCUGAUGACUAUGUUGAUAAAGUAUGACAUCUUCAGCGAGGAUAUCACACGAUUUUACGUGGCUGAGAUGAUAAUGGCUAUCGAGGCUGUUCACAAACUCGAAUUUAUCCAUAGAGAUAUCAAGCCAGACAACAUCCUGCUGGAUCGGGGCGGUCACGUCAAACUCACAGACUUCGGCCUCUCCACCGGCUUCCGGAAGCUACAUGACAACAACUACUAUCAUCAGCUCUUGAACGGCGGUGCAGAUGGUCCAUCACGGAAUUCCCAGAACUUCAACCGAUACUCCGUGAACAUCGAUCAGAUCAGCCUGACCGUUAGCAACCGCGCACAAAUCAACGAGUGGCGCAAGUCGCGCCGGCUGAUGGCCUACUCUGCUGUUGGCACGCCGGACUACAUCGCGCCCGAGAUCCUGACAGGCAAUGGGUACUCGUUUGACUGUGACUGGUGGUCGCUCGGCACAAUCAUGUUCGAAUGUCUCGUUGGAUGGCCCCCAUUCUGUGCGGAGGACCGACGUGACGUCUAUCGCAAGAUAGUAAAUUGGCAACACUGCCUCUACUUCCCCGAUGACGUUCGGGUUGGCCACUACGCCGAGCAUCUAAUUCGGAGCCUGGUCUGCAACAGCGAGAAUCGCCUCGGCCGCGCCGGCGCCCACGAGCUCAAGGGCCACCCUUUCUUCGCCGGCGUGGACUUUGACAACCUCCGCCGCUUCCGCGCCCCGUUCGAGCCGCGCCUGUCGUCCGAGAUCGACACCGCCUACUUCCCCACCGAGGACCUAGAGCAGCAGGCCGCCAACGCGAUGGAGAUUGACGGCGGGGGCCUCGAGGCCGCCGCGGCCCCCGACCAGCACGAGACGCCCGAGAUGACGCUGCCUUUUAUUGGGUAUACCUUUAAGAGGUUUGAGAAUAACUUUCGUUAGGGCGUGGAGGUGUGAGCGGGUGUGCUUUGCUGGUGUUGCUAGGCUUGCUUGUCCCUUGUGGUCUGAUGAAGUAGACAGCUGGCAUUCAUGCUGGCGCUCCUCUCGAGACUUGAGAACCUUGGGAUGGAUAUUGGGCAAUCCGCGGCGGUCCAUCUUGUACAUAACUUUUCCCAUUCAUCCUCGUCCUCGAGUUCGUGCUUCUUUUACCGGUAGCCAAAAGCAAUGGAGCUUGCACUUUUCAGACCGGUGGCACCGUGGGUAUUAGGGCUGGGAUGAUAUCUACUUAUUAGUCCCCCUACUUCUCCCAAACUUGACUCAUUCUCUGUAUUUUACAAAGGACAAUCUUGACUACGUAUCGCCCAA